AGACGGACUGCACGCAGCCCCUGGUUCACCAAAGCCUGCUUCACCCCAGGACAUUAUUGGAGGUGGAGAGGGUGGAGGUUAAAUGUGUACAUGGGGCAUUCACAAACAAAGAACAUGGAAUAAAGCCUGCAGUCAGUUUGUGCCUGUCAUGUCCUCUAAGUUUAGGAACACAUUGGGUGGGAUUUAAUAAACUUUUGGGGCAGUAUGUGGGGUUCCGAUCACGAUAUUUAGCGAUCACGUGUAGUGUCUGCGUGGCGCUCAGCGGUGAUGCGGGGUUGUCCGACACCGACUCCGAGUGGGAGGAGACUCACUAGGGCCUUACGAGAAGGCCCUGCCGGUUCCGAUGAUUUGCCCCACAGAAGAUUUUCCACUGGGACAGUCUCGGGAUGACACCCUACGCUCAGCCUUUGACAAAGUGAUAGAAAUUGAUGAUCACUUCCUUCCUACCCGCGCUUUGUGCUAUUGAAUGAUACUAACAGAAGAAAAUACAGUUAACACUGACUUAAUAAAAAAGUAUUAUAUUUUAUCUCAGAUUUGAUCAUCAGUACACACACACUGUUUUUAUCCCUUUAACUUUUUUUGGUUAAUCAGUUGAUAUAAUAAGAAAGUUAAAUAUACAAUAAUAAAUACUUUAAAUCAUAUGACAAUGUAGCUGUCACUGUGUUUAUUAGUGUUUGGUAAACUAGAAGUCUUCAUAGUAGCAUCCACAAUUCAAGUCUUUAUACAAAUAAUGAAAGAAAGUUUAAUGUGAAAUUACUGAAAUAUAUGAAAUAUUAUGGCUUUGUCUGCCAGAGUGUUUUUCUUUAAACUAAUCGGAACACUUUUACUGGCAGUCAGUGAUGUCGCUGAAAGGCAAGGUUCUAAUGUUGUGUUGCCAUAGUCUCCGAAGUUUGCUUUUAAAGCUCACUCACAGUUAGAAAAGUCAAGCAUCCAGACAUUUGAAGGACUAUUUGCACAUUAAGGUGACAUUUUCGAUUUUAAAAGUUCUCAAAACAUUAAGAUGAAAAAGGAAACAAGAAAAGUUACGACUGAGGCAGAUAAGAAAGAUCCAGGAGAUCAAAAUUGUAAGACCAGAAUGACAAAAAGAAAGGCCAGUCCUGAAAAAAAGACCCCCAUAAAAAGAAGGAGGGUCAGUGAGCAGGCUGGUCCUUCCACCAGCUCAGAUGCUCAUGUGGUCAAAGGAGUCAAGCGCAAGGUCCAACAAGAUGAAGCGGGGACAACCAAUACAGCAAAAAAGUGUAAACUUCUUGACCAUAUGAGCGGUGACAAGGGGCAAGCAUCUUCCUGGUUGGACACUGGUAAAGACUGCAGCAUAGACAUUUCAGAGAGCUGCAGUAAAAACCAAAACGCUGGCAAAAGGAAAGCUGCGGGAGACAGGAGGGACCCACCUAAGAAGAAGAACGUGGACCAGGACGAAACCAAAAAUGUUGCCAAAAAGUCAGUGGCCGAACAGAAACGUGACUUCCAAGCGAGAUACGUGGAGGAGCACCGGCUUGGAGAAGGAGGCUGCGGAGCAGUGUUUGCUGGCUACCGCAUAAAAGAUCAUUUUCCAGUGGCCAUCAAACACAUCCCAAAGGGGAAAGUGUACUGCAAAGUGACGGAUGAAAACGGGAAGCAUCUGUCAGUGGAAGUUGCCAUCAUGCUGAAGCUUGCAGCUGAAGCAGAUGGAUCAGUGGGAACAUCAGCCCCAGUGUCUCUGCUGGAGUGGUUUGACUUUGGCAGAGAGCUGAUCCUGGUGAUGGAGAGACCCGUCCCCGCUGUGGACCUGGAUAAAUACAUAGAAGAAAAUGGAGGAUUUUUACCAGAGGACAAGGCCAAGGUCAUUCUGAAGCAGCUGGUUGAUGCUGCGAAGCACCUGGAGGAUAAACACAUCUUUCACCGGGACAUCAAGAGUGAGAACAUUCUAAUUGAGACCGGCUCAGAUGUACCGCGUGUUCGUAUCAUCGACUUUGGACUGAGCUGCUUUGUUAAGGAGCGGUCGCUGUACCGCGUCUUCUAUGGUACAGACAUUUACUCCCCUCCCGAGUGGUACAGGCGCAGUUGCUACAGGUGUGGACCCACCACGGUAUGGCAAAUGGGAGUGGUUCUGUACGAAGCGCUUCAUGUGGGGGACUUUAACACCACGAGCUUCCUCAAAAAGCGCCUGAAAUUCAAAAGCCGUCUGUCUAAACGCUGCCGGGAUUUCUUGGACGCGUGUUUAACCAGAGUCCCAGAGAUGCGGCCGACGCUGGAGGACCUCCAGCAUCACGCUUGGCUGAGAUAAACCCAUCACACACACACACAAACACACGCAAUUCAGACGUUAUCAUGUAUGUGUGAUAUAUGAGGUAACUUUCUUUUUUUCUGUUUGACAGGAAAUAAUUUUUUUAAUUGCC